CGCGCGGUCCAAAGGUCCAGAGCGUGAGCGUGAGAGAGCGCCGUACGAUCCGCACCGUGCGUGCGGGUGUGUGUGUGUGUGUUUCGAGCUCGAGAACCCUGCACACCAGCGGCGGGUCGAUUCCGCAGCACGGCCAGCGACUAUUAGUUUGCUUCGAACCGUCGGCGCGAUCAGCUCUAGAGGGCAGUAGUAGCUCGCGUAAACCCCUGAGGAACUGAGCAGCGGAACCGCCACCACACCAACCGAACCUGGCUGGCGGGAACGGCAUACUUCCGAUCGAAGAGCCCUGUUGCAAGGGCGCCAGAGGUGGCACCCCCAUCGUCGGAAGGGUUUCCGUGUUUGCUAUACGAACGUUAAAUAGCAGAGCAAGUACGUAGGAAAGUGACAAACAUGAUCGUUAGGUUCGGUGGUUCUUUGAAUCCUCACCACGCGGUGAGAUGAUUGCAGAGUGCGUUUGUGCGAUCGUGUCUGUGUGUUUGUGUGUGACAGUAAAAUUUUGAAAAAAACAAACGUGAAGGUAACUCCCUAGUGAUCCAGUAGGCGAGCCUCUUAAGCCCUUCUCGAUUGGGGCGUUUUUCAUGCGUUAGGAAAAGUGCUCGAAAACUCGAAUCGUAGCGUGCUGUGUGAGUGUGUUUUGACCAGGAUUAUCAAACACACACACAAAAAGUGCAAACGCAGUGCUGGAUAUUAGAACAGUUGAAAAUUGCGACAAGUGAUAAAAGUGUGGGAAAUAACACGUAAAAGCUCCUACACGGUGACGCAGUUGAGGAUCAUCGGGUGCGGAAGACUUUACGACUGCCACUGCACUCCUUCGCAAUCUGAUCCCCGAAGGUGGCUGCCAGAAACUGGCAAAUCCAUUAACGUUUGAAUUGCUCUACGUAUUCGGUGAAACCGAUCCCGACCGAUCGAUUGUGCACAGAUCGUUCGUGCCCGGGUCGAACACGUCGUUGCGCUUGAUCGGCUGGCUGCUGGCGCCGCCAUCGCUGAAGCCGUUUGAAUGUUUGUUUUGCUUAAUUGUUAUUUGUCUCUGUUUAAUUAAUAAUUACUCCACGCCCGUAUAAGGGUAAGCUCAAGUGUUCUCGUGAUACGGUGGAAGAGACGAAAAAACAAGCAUAACACAAAAGUGCAAAACGUACUUGAGAGCAGCAAAAGUCAACGGAUCGUCGUCCUUACGGACGUAAGAACGCAAAAUAUUUUUCGACCUCCAAAAAAGAGUGAAGCGAGUGCGUGCGCGCUCCUUCGACACACAGGAUUGCUGCACUGUUUAAAUCUUGAAAGUGUUCUUCAAAAAGUUCAAUGAUAGGAUUACGGGUUUGAACCUCAAAAGUGCCUCCUCAACGUUUCCUAAACCCACCCGAGCGAGUGAAUGAGAGUGUUUUCAGUGGAGUGUAAUAAAGAAAAAAGAAACGAAGAAUUACCUUAAACGUUGUGACACCUCAUCGUUCCCUUGACGGCUGUCAAAGCAAAACACGGCACGGGCGAAAGAGCUCAGUCAGUGGCGGCGAGGAGCGUAAAAAAAGCGUGUUACUCGUGACCAAAGUGCCGUAACGAAAUAGUGCGUGUGUCGGAAGUACGACCCAGCGUGCCUGUUACCUCGAUAUCCCCUGUGCACUUUGUUUUCGGAAGCGGAAACGGAGCCAGCAGCAACAGCACCAGUGCAGCGCAACGUACGACACAGCUCAAUCAACAGAACGGACGGGACACUGAGUACUCAACCGAAUGUCACCGUCCUAAUGAGCGGAAUUAACCGUUGAAGAGUUUUGCGAGCCGAUCGAGUCAACCGCCACCACCCGCCCGGCCCAAAAAUGGAUGCCCGCAUCGGACUGGAGUACAUCAUCGAGAAUAACGACUACGUGAACAAGCUGGGCCUGGCGCUGGACACCAACAAUGUCACGGUUAAGAAGCAAAUCUUCGAGCUGCUGUCCACGCUGUGUGCGUUCAGCGCGAACGGGUACAAGCGUGCGAUCGAAACGCUGGAACACUACAAAAGCAUUAAGGGUGAGCGGUAUCGGCUGCAUCUGGUCGUGUCCGAGCUGGACAAGGCGACGGCGAUCGAGUACCAGAUCGCGCUGCUGGCGUUCGUCAACUGCGUGAUCAUUUCGGCCGGUUCGCUCAAGGAUCGGAUACGCAUGCGCAACGAGUUUAUCGGAUUAAACCUAAUACCAGUAUUAAAUAAUUUAAGGCGCACGGCCAGCAGCGUUCCCGACAUUGCCUCCCAGCUAGAGGUGUUCGACGAGCAGCAGGAAUGCGACGUAUCCCAGAGCCUCCAGGUGCCGGACGGGAUCGAUCUGAACUCGCAUCUUGAUGUCUUCAAUGCAAUCCUAGCACAGGUCGCCGGCACACCGCAAGCAACGCCAUUUCUAAGCAUACUUCAGCACCUGCUGCAGAUUGACCCGAAGGAGCAGAUCAGCGACAUCGUCUGGGACACGGCGGAGACGCUCGUGCACCGGGCGACCCUGCUCGAGGACAAGGAAGCGUCCGCCCGCCUGCUCCGUGCGCCGAGCGUGCAGAAGUUCUUCACCUGCCCGCACUGCCGGGGCGACCUGAGCGGCGGUCCCGCUCGCCGCCCCUCGAUCGGCAGCUCGCUGCAGCCGUCGCCCAGCGCCACCUCCUUCAAUCCGGUGCCGGCGCCGGCGCCGCCACCACCGCCCCAGUGCGCUGCGGCCCCGCCCCCUCCACCACCGCCCGGUGGUGGUGGCGGUCCCGCUCCACCGCCUCCACCUCCGCCACCGCUUGGUCGUGCGCCGCCUCCACCCCCGCCACCGAUGGCCGGGGGGCCACCGGCACCACCGGCACCGCCGGCCCCGCCCGCCCCGCACCUGCUCUCUGCGCAGCCGAAUGCGAACGGGUCGCUCGCCCGCUCGAAAACGCCGGACGAGCAGAUCGUGAUCGUGAAGCCGCUGCCGCAGCAGGAAACGCCCGUGCCGCGGGCCAAGAUGAAGACGAUCAACUGGAACAAGAUACCGCCCCAGCGGGUGCUGGGCAAGCAGAACAUCUGGUCGAUCGUGGCCGACUCGCACCAGGACAGCCCGAUGGCCGACCUGAACUGGGACGAGAUGGAGGGACUGUUCUGUCUGCAGACGCAGAUGCACGGUUCGCCCAAGCUCGGCCAUCGUGGGGCGGCGAACGGCGGCGAAGGCGGUGGUGGUGGUGGUGCGAGCAACGGUACCGAUAUGCCCGAUGCGCGCAAAUCGAGAAAGGAAAACGAAAUCACGCUGCUGGAUGGGAAGCGCAGCCUGAACGUGAACAUCUUCCUGAAGCAGUUCCGCACGACGAACGAGGACAUCAUACAGCUGAUAAGGAAUGGCGAGCACGAGGACAUCGGGGCGGAGAAGCUGCGCGGCCUGCUGAAGCUGCUGCCGGAGGUGGACGAGCUGGAGAUGCUGCGUGCGUUCGACGGCGACAACAACAGGCUGGGCAAUGCGGAGAAGUUUCUGCUGCAGCUGGUACAAGUGCCUAAUUACAAGUUAAGAAUCGAAAGCAUGCUGCUGAAGGAAGAGUUCAAGGCGAAUCUGAUGUAUCUGGAGCCAAACAUACACGCCAUGCUUUAUGCUGGUGAAGAUCUGAUGAACAACAAGGCGCUCCAGGAGGUGCUGUACAUGGUCGUGGUUGCCGGGAACUUCCUUAACUCGGGCGGAUACGCGGGCAAUGCGGCUGGCGUGAAGCUGUCCUCGUUGCAGAAGCUGACCGACAUCCGCGCGAACAAGCCGGGCAUGAACCUGAUCCACUUCGUCGCACUGCAGGCGGAGAAGAAGAAUUCCGCACUGCUGGAGUUCCCCGGCCAGCUUACGAUGCUGGAAAAUGCGACCAAAACCACUGUCGAGCAGAUCAGCAACGAGGUGAACGCGAUCGACAAUCGCAUCAAAAAGAUCAAGAAACAGAUCGAGCUGCCGAAGACGGAGGAAGACAUCAAGUUCCAGAUGGAGGAGUUCCUGAGCGCAGCGGAGCAGGACGUAAUAAUGCUGCAGCGAGCGCUGAAGCAGCUGGAAGCGAUGCGCCUCCAGCUGGCCGAGUUCUUCUGCGAGGAUAUGGGCACGUUCAAGAUGGAGGAAUGUUUCAAGAUUUUCCACAACUUUAGCGAAAAGUUCCAGCACGCGGUGAAGGACAACGAGAAGCGCCGGGUGCAGGAAGAGCAAGCGCUGAUACGCAGGAAGCAGCGGGAGGAAACGCUUCGAAGAAGGCAAUCGAAUCAACCCGGAACGCCCGUGUCCGAUUCGGAGGGUAGCCUGCUGCUGGAUGCCUCGCAGUACGAUCUGCGCUACAGCCCAGCAAUGUCCCGGCGGCGUCUCGGGUCGUUCAACAGUAACGGCGACGCGCUGCUGCUGCGGGAUGAGUGUGCCUCGCCGGACAUCACGCCGAACGGCAGCCUGCGAAGACGCCGCAGCCGCGUACUGUCGGAGGAGGACGAAGGCAAUCUCAUGGACUUUCUGCGCUCGUCCGGGCACGAGAGCAGCAACCGGGAGCGCAAGUCGGCCGCGUACGGCAGCCUGGACCGGUCGUGGGCGCGUCGGGCCCGCUCGGGCAGCGGCAGCAAGAAGCGGCCGGACCUGCUGAACGUCCAGUUCGGUGCGGACCGGGAACGACCCAGCUCGCCUUCGCCGCUGGCCGAAUCGAAGCCGCUCGCGGUGGAAGAACACAAACCAAGAAUUUCCAGAGAAUGGCGGCAAAAGAUCGAAUCCUGGCUGCAGGCGAACGAGCAGGACGAGCGGCAGAACGACGACUACAAGAAGAAGCUGAAGCGGGUUGCCGCCAACCGGCGCUCCUACGAAACGGACAACGAGAGCGACCGGGGCAGCAAGUUGGACCCGCUGCCGGAGGAGAAACCGCCGACGGUAAUGUCGCCCGAACCGACGCCCGGCCCGCGAAUGGGGGCGGCGGGCGGACAGGACCGGCCGGCAGCUGCCGCCGCCGCCGGAUCACCCACAGCACCCACCGGCUCCGCCGACCAGCAGCAGCUGUUCGGUGGGCCGAUGACGUACAAGCGGGUCUAUCCGAACUGGCGCCCGGGGACGUCCCUUGAGCAGACGGAUGUCGUCGGUACGAUAGAGGCCUUGACAGGUGCGGCCUCACCGGAUGCGGACAAGUCGACGUGGCGCAAAUCCGUCCUAAACACCGCCAGCAGCGUGGACAGUGCGGACGACCUGGCGAACCAGCGCUACCGCCGGCAGCGUUCCCGCGAAGGUCCCAACCCGAGCUCCAACCUGCAGUCCAUCCUCGAGGAGGACAAGCGCAAAAACAUCAUCCAGUCGUUGGGCGAGCGGCCACCGUCCGAUCGGUUGCAGAUCUACAUCCGGCGCGGUUCGGACAAUCCGCAGGCCACCACACCGUCGGACAGUUCGCCCCCUUCCACGGUCGGUGGCAAACGAGAGACGGGCGGGGAGGAGCACAAGCAGUCGAUCUACAUUCGACAGCCGGCAGCAGACAAGCAGCAGCAACAUGGUGCUUCUGCUGGCACGCCCUCCACCAUAUCGUCCAGCACGGCCAGCACCAUCUCCGGCUCGGAGCUGGCGGUCCCUGGGGGUGGCGAUACCAGCACAUCGCCCUCCUCGACUGCGGCUGUGGCGCCACCGCCCCGACGCACUCGCCGAGCACACCACGUGUACGACGAGUCCACCAAUAACAAGAUCGAGAUUGAUUCGGACAACAUCGAGACACCGCCAUCGAUCCGGCGCAACGUGGGAGGCAUGGGCACGGCGACGGGCGGGUCGAGCACUGCCGCCACGGGUGGUGGUUCCUGCCGCCGGUUGCACCAUCCGAACGACGCGAAGGAUCCGCUGACGGCGCCGGAUUCGGGCAAGGGUUCGUCGCUGGCCGGUGACGGUACCGGCGCGGAAGUGCUCGGCGACGGUCAGUUCGAUCGGUUCUCCUCGGCCCGCCGUACGCGCCGCUUCAAGCGCCCGAUCGAUCUGGGCGCGUCCGGGGCGGGCAGCGGCAACGAAACUACCACUACCACGGCUACUACCGCGUCGCCAUCGCCCGACUCCCUGCCCGACAGUGCGGCACAGAGUCCACUGCUGGCGGCCGGCAACGGGCCGCCCCUGCCCGCCAGCAAAGACACCACAAAGCACGAGCAGGAGCAGCGCCUGAAGCGUUGGCAGGACAAGCUGAAAUCCUCGACCGACGCCGGCAAAACGAUCGGGUCCGGGUCGCUGACGGGGCGGGAAUCGCCCCGCUCGCACGCCGAAACCGUCCUCAAUCGGGCGAGCAAGGUCGGGCGCACGAUCAGCCGCAUCAGCCAGGAGGACGUGCGGGAAGCGAUCCGCAGCCUGAAGUCCCCAACGCCCGAACGCACCUGGAGCCCCACGAAGGACAUUCACCAGCAGCAACAGCAGCAGCACCACGUGAAGGGUGCGCCCGUAACGCACGAACUCAACGACGAGGGUUUCGAGGAAACGCAAAGCCUCGUCUCGGACACACCCUCCCAGGGCAAGGACAGUGUGUCGUCCUGCAACGACUACGGGUCCGAUACGAAGAGCAAACGGGUCGUGGCGGUGACCGGCUCGCCGGCCAAACCACCCACCACCAACCUGAAGACGAGCCGCACCGGCAGCCCGAGCAUGGCCAGCCUGCUGAUGGUGAAGAACGGCAGCACGGGGCUGGAGCGUAGCCGGUCGCUGCGUGCACCGCCCAGCGCUGGCAGUCCGGCGCCAGCGUCCAAGAAUCUCUUGCCCCGCCGCACGGCCUCGAUGCGAAGGAGCGCCACCGGGUCGACUACCAGCGUGGACGGGUCGGCGCCGAGCCUGCUGCGACCGAUCGCCCGCCAAGCGCAGGACGUCGAGCGCAGCAACUCGCGCACCAGCCUGCGCUCGUCCCGCUCGUCCCUGAGCAGUGCCGUGUCGACCAAUACCGUCCGCAAAGUGCCGCCACCGGUGCGCACCGGCCCUGCCGGCAGCAGCACCAUCUACACCAAGACAUUCACUCCGCUCUCUACGACCGCGACGUCCACGCUUUCGGCCAACAGUUCGCCCUCGAAACGACCGCUCGGCACCGCUACCUCGGGCAACAUCGCGCACCGAGGGGCACCGGCCAGUCGCAGCAGCUCCAGCGGCUCGAGCAUCGGUCCGAGCGCGACCGUUGUGCGCAAACCGCCGGCCAAGUCGGCGAUGGCGGCCAAGGAGAACCAGCUGCACAGCUCGACGUCGACUGGCCGGUUACCCCCGGGCAGCGGGAAGUCGACCAGCAGCGGCAGCCUGACCGGUUCGGGCACUGGCGGUGGUGGUGGUGUAAGUCCCACGCCAGCCUCCGGGCGUCAGUCGGUCACCGGACAGCAUCAGGCGGCGGUGACCGGCCGACGUACCAGCGGCUUCAUGCGCCCAACUACCUCCAGUGCCACCAAAGUGAAGGCGGCCAAGUAAGAACGUGCCGCACGCGCUGUGGUGCGGGCCAGUGUGGUCACACCCCUCCCCCAUCAUCCCCGUUAGUCAAUCGAUUGUUUUGCUAACCACGUACCAGAUGCUUCCCCUCAAAACUGCCCUUCCCUUUAGCAAAUACUCCACACAUCCGGCCGUAUAUAUUACCAUAUGCCGUCCACUCUUUUCUAUUUGCAAUUUGCGUCUUGCAGUUCCGGUUUUGCGCAAGCUCACGCAGCGUUUUGCUGGCUAGCUUUAUGUUUUUGGACACACUUUGGAACACAACGCCCCUAUGUCCGCCAGGCACGAGCGAUUUUGUUCGAGCGAUGCGGUGCGCUUACUAAAGGAUUUCAAGUGAAAGGGAAGGCGGUAUAGGAGGUUUGUUCCUCGUGCGGUGUUCCCUUAUUUUCCGACCAAUGCCAGUUUUAUGCUGCGACGAAGAAGAAUGCAGCGUCCAUCCCGGAAGUUGAGGCGUCCCGGUCGUUAGUUAGUGUGCUGAAGGCAAUAAUGAUAAUGAUGAUAAUAAUGAUAGUGAAAUUGGCGUGCGACGCUACUAUGGCAAUUAUAGUGGUAGUAGUAGACACGUGGUGGUGUGGUGACGCGUGUUACCGGUUUUGUUUCGCGCCAUUAGCUACUUUAGAUAGAGACGUGUAUGUAUGUUUGUGUGUGUGUGUCAGCGCGCAUAUGUGUGUGUUGAUCUGUUCGAGAAGAUGCGUUAUUUAUUUACAUACAUAAAAAACAUAUAUACAUAUAUAUAUACACACAUACACACGCAUACAUAGAUAUAUGAUGCAUGUUACGAACGAUCGCUUAGCAGAAAGCGCAAUCAUACUAAUUCCUACACCCCUCCUCCCCUCUCCCUGCAAAUGUGUUUUUGCUGUUACGAACGAGCGUUAGCGGAAAUCGUAAAACUGAUAAACUGAUAGAUUCGCGUUAGGAUACAAACAAACAAUCUAGUAUAGGAAGUAGAUUAGACUACUAGUAUAGCUAGUUGCGACGUGGUAACACGAACUCAAAAACGAAAACUCAACCCCGGUUUACUUAUCCAGCGCGAUAUGCUGUAGUUGGUCGUGGAUAAUUAACGCCAUUUAGCAGUGUAGAUGCGAUCGAUUUUUUGUAAACUUAAGAGACAAAGAAAAACGGAAUAGAACCGCAUAGCGCCAUAAUCCCAAACGCAACCAACAUGACGAUAUAUAACUGUAUAGAGAGCAAGCGACGAACGUAUAAAAACAUACACACAUAAACACAUUACGCAUGAUAAGCAUGAUAAUGUUUUUCUUUCCCCCAGUGUUACCGGCGGUACGUUUCAUCCUUUUUGGCUAUUGUUCUUUCGAAAAACGCCUUUGGUCGAUGAUGAUAUGCUUCAUGUUAUAUUUAUAAAGUUCUUUUUUUUAAUUACAUUUUUGGGACAGGAAUUCAAAAUUUAUAAUCAAAAUUAUCAAAACUAUAUUAUGUAGGCUUAAACUGUGGGUGCGAGAGUUAUGAAAAUUAUAGAAACACGAAGAUGAAACAGGUACGCGCUUUUCUCUACAUCCUUCGUCCUUCACGUUCCCGCAUAAUAUUUGCCAUAAAUGGAGUAAUGUUACGUUUAAGAUUGAACCAUGUUUAUAGUACCAGUGAGCAAACGAUGUAACCGAUUGCGCAUGAAUCGUUCUGCGCUUGCAAAAAAAAAACACACACACACAUUACUAAUCCAUUUACUAAUUCAAUUCUACUCUUCAAAUGCUAGUAUUGCAUCGAACACAUAGGAAGGUGUUUUAGAAUGGACUGUGCGGAAGGAACGGCCUAUGUCCUAUUCAAUGGCUCCUCAAAGUGCUGAGCAUGUUUUGUAUGCGUUCGUUACAUUUUCCAUUUUGUACUUGAGUCCCCCCCCCCCAGAAGCCCGAUGUUAUUGCUCGAAUAGUUGACGAAUGAAAGAAAUGAGAAGCGUUGUUGAAGGAAAUAAAGGCAAGAUUGAAACAUUCA